AUGAUACUUAAUUAUUCGCAAGAAUGCCACAUACAAAUGGCACUUAAUACAAUUCGAUCGGACCUAAAAAUCAGUAUCUACCAUACUGCAAAAAUCUAUGAGGUCCCUGAGCAAACACUCCAUCACAGAAUGAAGGGAAUCCAGUCAAAAGCCAAUACACGCAAUGGAUAA